CUUUGCACUUGUCAAUUGAAUAACACCAUUGAUUGCAUAGAGCUGACAUGUGAUAUAAAUGCAGAGUGUGGCGUUUCUGAUGGCCAGUUCGGUUGUUUCUGUCCAUACGGUUUCAUUGGAAAUGGAACGUACUGUGAAGUCGAUCCAUGUAUUCCCAAUCCAUGUAACAAUUCCGGCAGUUGUAUCCCGAACAAUGACCAGGAUGCUGAUCCAUUGUACAUUUGCCAAUGCCCCAGAGGAUUCACGGGAGAGCAUUGUGAAAUCGAAACUCGCUACUGUACCGCUCACGGAGAUCCUCAUUAUUCAACGUUUGAUGGUUUCCGUUACGACUACCAAGGCGAUGGUUCCUUCAUCUUGUCACAAUUUGAGGAAAACUCCACAUAUCUAUUUCAGAUUAUUCAAAAAAAUGAAAAAUUAAGGUCCAAUCCC